AUGAAGCUUCUUAUACCAGCGAUUAUGGCGGGCAACACCUAUGGGUACUGGUUAAUGGGUGCAAACAAUAUCCUGACUACACAGAGACUCGACCCAAUCGUGAGGCCUGGGCGAGUGGGGACGCACGUCCAUAGCGUGAUUGGCGGGAGCAACUUUGGCUUCGAGUUGACGACUGACUUUUUGAGGGAAAGCGAAUGCACAUCCAUACCCAUUGCUGAGGACAAGAGUAAUUAUUGGUAUCCUCACCUCUACUUCUGGUGGAAGAAUGGCAGUUUUACCAGCGUCGAUGGCAGCCCUGUGAUCGUUUCGUUUGGCAGCUACUACCUUUACUCGGAUGAGCCAGGAGCAACAACCGCUUUUCCUGACAAUUUCCGUAUGAUGUCCGGCGACCCCACCCUUCGAACCCUCAACGCUUCCAGCUUUGCCCAGCAAGCCGUAACAUUCCUCUGCUUGAAUUUCGAAGGGGAAUCUGUGCGAUACAAUGAACUUCCAGACCAUAGGUGUCCCAACGGCAUCCGCGCAGAGAUAAAUUUUCCAAGUUGUUGGGACGGCGAGAACAUUGAUUCAGAGGACCACAAGUCGCACGUCGCUUUUCUCUCCACUGGUCCGGAUAAUGGCACCUGUCUUGACCCCGCCUACCCUGUCACGCUACCUCGGAUAUUCCUUGAAGUGUAUUGGUACACGCAGGGCUUCGAUGACGUUCGCCAUGAAGCUAUGAAUUUCAAACAGCCCUUCGUAUUCUCGAACGGGGACCCGACAGGCUAUAGUUAUCAUUCAGACUUCUUCAACGGUUGGGAACCUGGCGUGCUGCAAAGAGCGCUGGACGAGUGCAACUGCAAUCCAUUCGGUGAUCCAGCAUGCUGUGUAGAGCGGGGGAUAUUUUCAUUUGAUAACAGUCGUCGGUGCUACAUCACCGAGGCUAUCUUUGAACCUACAUUGGGGACCCUUGAUUCCCUGCCAGGGAAUAACCCCGUUCAAGAGGAGUGUUACGACGAGUAUCCUGAUACCGUCAUCCCGCCUAUCAUGGCUCCUGUCUAUGUGCACAACGGGUCCAAUUUGGCACCUUCGGAUACGUCGACAACUCUCGUUCCCGCGCGGACACUGGUGACCAAAGAACGGCCACGGGGCACAUGCAUAGCGGGCUCUUCCUCGCUUCGCCAAACCACCACGAAAACGUUACUCUCACUGAUACCCUCUUUCUGGGCCAUUAGGUUGGCGUUUAGUCUUAUCUAA